AUGCGUCUUACUUUGAGAAGUGCUUACUUCUGGAUAUAUCUUUCAACGGCCAUCGUUGCACAUGCAUUAAUUAUUCCACAAGACUAUGUAUCUCAGAAGAAUACUCUAUUACUUGGACGAGAUCAUGAGGAUGAUGAUGAUGAUGAUGAUGAAACACUGGACUCUGACAGCUUUGAAGUAGACUAUAAACAGAUUCCAGGUCUUUCGAAGUUAACGGAUUUUAAAAGUAUUCCGGAAAUGUAUGCUGGACAUAUUCCAUUAUUCGGAUGGGAUACAGAAGAUAAAGAAGUUCCCGAAGAUUUCGGUUACUUUUUUUGGAGGUUCCAUGAUAAGUCGUUACCAUGGGAAGAUGACGACGACUACGAUGACGAUGACGAUGAUGAAGAGAAUGACAACAAUGAGAUGGGGACAUUAAUCUUUUGGUUGAACGGCGGUCCUGGAUGUUCCUCAAUGGAUGGUGCAUUGGUAGAAUCUGGCCCAUUAAGAAUUGACGCUAAAGGGAAUGCGUAUUUGAACCAGAAUUCAUGGGCAUCUCGUGCAGAUAUGGUUUUUGUCGAUCAACCUGCCGGAACAGGGUUUUCUGCAACUAAAGGAGACUCUAAUGGGAAUAACAUACCAUUAGAUGAUAAUUUAGAGGAUGUUGCAUUACAUUUCUGUCAAUUUUUAAUUAAUUACUUUCAAGUGUUUCCUCAAGAUAUACAUAAAAAAAUAAUUUUGGCCGGGGAAAGUUAUGCUGGUCAAUAUAUUCCUCAUAUCGCUACUGCCAUAGUAAACUUUGAACAAUAUCCUGAAUUGAAAAAUAAUAUGCCACAUUUUGAUUUAGCUGCAUUAUUGAUAGGUAACGGUUGGAUUGAUCCUGUGACUCAAUCAUUAGCAUAUCUACCAUUUGCCAUUGACAAUAAUUUGAUUAACAAAGAUACCCCGGGAUUUAAUAAUUUAUUGAAUACGCAUGAAAAUUGUCAAAAGAAGAUAAAUACAAAAGAUGGAAACAAUGAUGAACAGUUCUCGAUUCCUGAAUGUGACAAUAUUAUUAACGAAUUAAUAUCUGUAACAAAGACUACAGAUGAUGAUAACAAUGAACAAUGCUUAAAUGUAUAUAAUUAUGAGUUAAAGGACUCAAUGCCAGCAUGUGGUAUGAAUUGGCCCGCCGAUGUUUCCUAUGUGGCUCAAUUCUUUGGUGACAAGAAAGUAAGGGAUGCUCUUCAUAUCAACGAGGAGUGGGCAGCCGAGAAUUGGAUCGAAUGCCGUAAAGAUGUAAUGAAUCACAUGUCCAAUAAGGGUUCUAAGCCAUCCAUACAGUUGUUACCUGACUUGUUAGAGAGUGGUCUAAAUGUUGUACUGUUCAACGGUGACAAGGAUCUUAUCUGUAACAACAGAGGUAUUACUGACAUGAUUAAAAGCAUGAAGUGGGGUGACCAAUUAGGUUUCUCAGAGGAUGCAGAGAAUUAUGAUUGGAUAUUUAGAUCACAACUUAAACGUGAUACAGAUACUGCAGCCGGUUAUGUCAUCUACGAUAGAAAUCUUACCUUUAUUAGCGUGUAUAAUUCAUCUCACAUGGUUCCACACGAUAAACCAGUAAUUAGUAGUGGUAUUGUUGACAUCAUUUUAGAUAAUGUUCUAUUAGAAUCUAUUGGUAAGAGACAAGUCUUGGUAAGUUCUGAAAAACCAUAUAACGAAGAUUUCUUUGACGAUGAAGAUAAUGACGAAACAGAAGAGGAUAAUGAAAAACCAGAGAAAAGUAAAGAAAACGAUGAUGAUAAAGAAGAAGAUUCUCAUCGUUACUAUUACUACUACUAUUAUGACCAGGAGGAGGAUUAUGAUGAUGACGACGAUGACGCGAUGAUUAGAGUUGAUGGUUACGAGAGCCACAAAGGUCUCAUUUUUACAGCUUUCUUCAUUGUCCUAUUUAUUGGUAUCAUCGCCAUAAGAACCAUUGACCGUUGGUUGCCAAAGGUCACUUCCCAAUUUGGAGGUGCAUAUAGCAGACUUGAGAACAACCCUAACAAAACUGUUACUUGGGCGGAUGAGGCCAAUCCUCAGAUGAAUUUCGAAUUAGAUGAUAUGAAUGCUGAAGAAAAUUUCGAAAUUGGAGAUACAGAUGAAGAAGAUGGACAUGAAAGUAGUAGGGAGAACGGAAGUGAUUCUAAUUCUGACGUCUCCGAAUUAGAUAUCGGAGAAUUAUCUGCAAGUCCCGUACAUAUGGAAGAACAGCAAAUAUUGAGAUCUUCUUAG